AUGUCUGUCAUUGGAUCCUUGAUUUUCUGCACCGAUUGCGGCAAUCUUCUGCGCGAGUCAACCGGAGAUGCCAAUGCUGUUCUACACUGCACUGUCUGCGGGACUCGGAACAAGGAUACUGUUCCCCAAACUAUCGUCUCCGAAUCCAAGCCGUCUGCAUUUCCCUCGGCUCUGAGAGCUAAGCGCUCUGCUGUUCAAACGCUUUCCGCCGAGGACCGAAAGACCGAAGCUGUGAUUCAAAAGAAUUGCCCCAAAUGUGGAAGAAAGGAAAUGUUCUUCACUACCGUCCAACUUCGCAGCGCUGAUGAGGGAAGUACCGUGUUUUAUCGGUGUGCGUGCGGUCACAAGUAUGUCAACUCGAUCUCUGUCGCAAAAGUCCUAUCAAAUACUAAUUCUCCUUCGCAGGGAAACCGAGAACAACUAAGGCAAGACAAGAAAAUC